CAAGGAUAUCACUGAUGUGUUUCUGCGCCUUACAAAAAGUCCAUACCAGUUCCCAAUGUUUUGUUUUGCCAACAUAGCACGCUAACAAUAGCAAGCUGUGCUAGCUAUAUUGCUAUGUGAAACCCAAACCGAGGAAGCUAACUACUAGGGCUAACGUAAGAUGUCAAGGUAUUUUGUGAAUUCUGACUCGAAAGUACAACAGGGAACCGUUACUUGUUAUACAUAACUGAAUAUUUUACAGAAUGUGUGUCUUUGUCCUUUGCGUAGCAUUAUAAGUUGUCCUUCUUAGCUAAAAUUAACCUACCCAGCUUAGCCAACCAACUGAGCAACCAAAACCUUUCCUAUUGAUGGAUAUUGAACCAGACUGUGUUUAGAAAUGUAAACGGCUAACCAGAUAUUUUGUCAUGUGUGCUAUAAUCACAUGAACAGGCUACGUGUUAACAUUGGACAUCACAAGAACUGUAACUUUAACGUGUUAAUAAUCUUUUACUUGACCACUGUUGUUGGCUACCUAUCUAGCUGGCUAGCUAACGUAUCUAAGUUGGAGAAUGGCGAUAGCUAACUUCAGAUGAUUAUAAACACUUGCUUUCUGACCACCUUAUGAGUAAUGUUUACUUCGCCAGGUCAUUACAUUUAGACAUUUAACAAAUUAAAAUAAAUAUGGCUCGCAUGCAUAGUUAUUGCCUACAUUGGAAGCUAGACAGUUCAUUUUGUUGAACAUUAUUAACCCUCAGACAUUCUAGGCUAGCUAACACUGACUGCUAUUGGUGGAAGAAUAACGAAAGAAAUAGAUGUUUAGCAGCUGAUGUUAGGUAAUUUAGCUAUCUGAUGCUAGGUAGUCUGCCGAAGUUGUUUGUCACUAUAGUUUAUUCGGGUAAAUUGCACCUAAGUAACAGUGUUGCUAGGCAGUUUGUUGUUGAAUAUAACUAAUUGUGUUGUCGACAUGGUUAGCUUCCUACUUAACUGUUAUCAUCCAUUUGGAUGACCAAAUGUGUUACUGCUUGCGUUGAUUGAUUACUGGUGAUCGGUUAACCCUAACGUUGUCUCUCAUUCAAGAACUCUUCAGCUAAAGUUAGUGGUGUAUCGGAAGAGGUGCAGAAGAAUUGUCUGAAAGUGUGGUAACCUGGCACGUUUGGUGGGAAGAACCCCCUGGCUGGUCUCAGCCGUAACGGGGAGGCCAGGAUGCCAGAGAUAACACAAAAUCAGACUCCAAUCCACAAAUCUCCGAGGAGGAAGAAAAACAAGAACAAAGAGAGUCAUAAUGCAGUUGAAAGACACCGCAAAGAGAAAAUCAAUGCUGGAAUCAACCGCAUUGGAGACCUCUUGCCCUGCUCCCCAGCCCUUAAACAGAGCAAAAACAUGAUCUUGGGUGAAGCUCACCGUUAUAUAACUGAGCUGAAGCAACAGAAUGAUGAAAUGCUUCUCAAUGGGCCUGACAUGGUGCAAGCGGAAGAAAUAAAGCGACUGCGCCGCCAGAUUGAGGAUCUGCGCAAGGAAAGUGGUCAUUUCCUUGAGCUGCUGAAAGCCAAUGGCAUUAACUUCCUUGAUGACCCAACGAUUCACUGGAAGGGAAAGCAGCGAAGUGCGAAAGUGGCUAAAGUGACACCAACUCACCUGCUGUCCAAGGGAAUCAUUGUCUACUCGAAUGGAAAUACUAUCCCCCCCUCAGGUAAACAGCCUGGUCAACAAAACCUUACCCCACAGCCAGACAAACAACAUAAGACUGCUGUAAUCGUGGAACGCGCCUGUGAUGUCAGACCGGUUAUCCACAAUGAAGCACAAGUCCAUGGCGUCAUUCCGUCCUCCGCUCCACAACAUAUUCCUGUAGCAGCGCUUAUUCCUGCGGUGACCAGGAUUGGACUCACAGUUGUUGAGCAGCAGGCGGCGGUGGCCCCAGUCGAUCCAAAAUUGCCUCCCCCUGUGAACUACAUCACGUUUCAGAGUCUGUGCCCACAACCUGCAGUCACCACCCACUUGCCUCAGCAACCCCUGUCAAUCACUCCUGCCCCUAGCCUCACAUCUGGAACCGGCUCUACUUUACUUCUCCCAAGGCAACCUGUUGCUGGUGUAACUCGUCUCCCUCAAGGUGCAGAGAGCAGAGCGCUGGCCCCAUAUGUUGCUGCUGUAACGGUCUCUCAGAGGGCUGAAAUCACCUCUAUCAAUCAAACUUUACCACCCAGUUUGAGUCUCCUCAGUGCUGCGGGUAACACUCAGACAACAUGGACAACAUUGCAUCUAGCAGGGAAUACAGUGCAACCUGUCUGCCAGUCACUGCCCGCCUUUGAUGGCAGCAGCGCUGUUCCACAGCAACUUUCUGUGUGCUCUGUUGGUGUGAGACCCUCAACCCUGCCCACCCCUAUUCAGAUCCAACCACAAGCUGCCACAGUGCAGCAAGUCGCCAUUCCUACAUCUCUCCCACCCCAGUCUCCACAGCAGCUACAGUCACAGCUUCAACAAAGUGUCUUUUCCCCUCCCCAUUCAGCCAUUUUGCCCCAGUCAACAUUGUUAACUCAUCCAGUUAGUGUUUCCCAGGGUCAGCCUGUCGUCUUACCCCAACCAACAUUGGGGCCCCAUCCCCAAGUAACUGUAUUUUCUCAGCCAACCAUACAAUCUGUAGCUCAGCCGCAGCCAGCUCUACUACCCUUGGUCCAGCCCAAGCCAGUUCUGCUACCCCAGACAAAACCGCAGCCAGCCUUACUUCCCCAGCCUCAGUUGGCAGUGAUGCCCCAGUCUGCUGUAAUACCUCAGCACCAGUCUAUUGCAUCACCACAACCCCAGCCAGCUAUAUUCACUCAGCCCUCAGUUGUACCACAGCCUCAGCCCUCCAUUGUUGUUCAGCCUCAGUCAGCGAUAGUGGCACAAGCCCAGCCAGGCCUUAGUGGUCAGCAGCAAGCUGCUGUGUUGCCCAUGCUUCAGACCAUGCAGGUGUUGCAGGUUAAUCCUGCAGGAACCACGGUUGCUGCAGUCCCAGCGCCACAAAAUAACAAUCCAAAUGUUGUUUUCUUGCAGCAGGCUGGUUCCUGUACAACUCAGCAAGCGAUGAGGGAGGAUCUGAGUAGCCAGACUACCCAGACACCGUGUCAGCACUUCGUUAUUAUUCAGGCAGCUAAUCAGACAUCUCAUACGCCACAGACUUCACAGACUGGCAUGGUUCCUGCUGUAGUCCCCGUUUUACCCAGCCAUAUGGCCACCUCGAACGCACUAUCGGUUACCAAUAGUCAGGCUGUUUCAGGCAAGCAGUUAGUACAUAUUCUUCCACAGCUUUCAUCACAGGCCCCUCAGACUAUCUCUAUGAAUGGACAAGUAUUUGUUUUGCAACCUGUCAAUUCACCUGACAAGGGUAGUGGUAUGGCUGCUACAGUUCCUCCACAGAUUUGCCAAACUUCUUCCAGUGAAGAACAGAGCAGUGAUUUGACUGUUCACAGCUUUGGACCACUUACAGGCCUUAACCAGACAGGCUCACAGGUUACUAGUCAAAGUAUUGUCCAAAUGCAUUCCAUUGUUCCACCCUCGUAUACAAUCGUGCAGCCUAACUUGCCUACAACUAUUCCAGCAGUUAAUAGCUGUGUGACAAUGGCUCCCAUACCCCAAGAAACUCCUGCACCACCUAAGCAAGUGAGUAGUGUAGUCAGAGGGCCUGUGAAGAAAAUUGGGCCUAAAAGGAAACCAGGAAGGAAACCUAAAUCGGCUAGAAGUAAGGACCUCAAACUGGGACGGUGUCUUCUACCAAUUGCAGCCAAGCCCACAACACCGCAGACUAAGCCAGUUAAUUCAGUUGGGCUACUAAGGCAAUCCACUACUGCUGUAAUUGCUCCAAAAACAACUUUAAGUUCCACGACUACGAGCACCGUCAGUAGUACGAACUGUGUGCAGAGCACAACGGUAGUCACCAAAAACAACUCUGCUGUGAAGAAGCCACCAGUCACAGGAGUAAAUCUCACGGCAAGUGGGGUUUUAAGUACCAAUUCUUCUCAGAACACCCCAGUACCAAUUACUACGCCUGUUUCAGAGGCUGUACUAAAUGUCACCAGUGUCCAGUCUGCACUAGACAAGCCAACUGUCACUCCACCAGUAACAGCCAUUAAUAGUGUUUGCACCACAUUGAGUGGCCCAGCAGCGACUCCAGUUCUAAGUAGGACUAUAGCCACAUCGCUUAGUUUUACGCAGAAAGCAAUAGUAGUUUCCAAAGAAAGUGCCAAAUCGAGCAGAUCUGCUGUUGCAACAAAUACAUGUUCUGCUUUGAAUACAUCAAUAGACAAUGGAGUUCUGAUGACAAAAGACACCACUGCAGUCUCUUGUGUUGACUCCAUUGUGAAGCCCACAUGUUCAGCAGUCAGUGUUCACCCUGUGAGCAUUGAAUCGCCUCCUCCGAGUAAAACAACAGUUUGUGUUGGCCUCUCUAUGCCCGGUAUACAACAACUACAUACUACUACUUCAGCAACAAGCUAUAGCUCCGUGCAGGCGACAGCAUUGGUUACCUGUGUGGAUUCUACUCCUAGUAAAUCAAUAGUUGCACCUUCAAGGUCUCUAAUGCCUCCUCCCAUUCCCACAAUUAACACAUCUGCUCCAAGUGGACCAAUGAUUUCUGGACGGUCAAAUCAGCCCUCUUUACAGUGUCAAGGAAAAUCUGCGAAUUUGCUGGACUCCUCACAGAUUUCCACUUUGCCUACAAUUCAAAUAUCUUGUGGUAAGCCUUCAUCGCAGUCAAACCACCCAGAUACAUCCAGUCAGAUACAACCCCCUCAGCCCAGGAAACGAGAUCAUAUAGGCGGAUCUCUUGGCCAACCUCAGGAAGUUGGUUUGGCCCCUCUGCCCUCCACACAGAUGAGUUCUAUGGAAUUAAAACUUGACUCUAGAAAGGAAAAAGCUCUUGUAUCUGUGGAGAAGGAACAUUUGGUGACCAAUAGUUGCCCUAGAAAAAACUCUUCCCUCCCUCAGGAGGUGUACUCUUUAGAGCAGGAUUCUUUGGAACAACCCCUUAUGUCAAAUAGACAGACAGAUUCACCACUGUCAGCUGGUGGUAGAGGCUUUUCAGUUGCCUCAAUGCUUCCUACUGGCCACAAUAUCAGUGCUUCAUCUAACAGCUUUGGAACAUUCAGUUUCAUGUCUGAGCAGGCAGAAAUACUGGCGCUGGUUACUGCUUUGGAUCUACCCAAAUCCCAGCAAGCCAACAGCAACAACAAAGAAAGGACCACAGAACAGCAGUUUAAGCCGCCCAAACACCUGGAUCUGCCCUUGGUAAAAACUUCUUCCCAAAGCUCUGUCAGAUGUCCACCAGUUGAGGGAACAACGAGCCGGCCAAAUAGACAAUCUCACGGUGUGUCUUACUCUCAAUCUCAGUCAGCUUCUGUAGGUAGUCUCAACGUAAACAACUUAAUACGUCCCAGUUCCAGUCAGCCUUAUCCUGGAUCUCCCAGUCUUGCUCAGCAAGCUUCGGUUCCUUCACCAGGAGGUCCUGCCAAUUUGGUGUCCCAACCAUCCACCCCCAUUCUUCCAAACUGUUCUGUAUCUGGACAGCUGAAUGACUACGCACCCCACAAGAGUGCCCUCAUGCGUCCACAUGUUGGUGUAGCAGAAAGACACCUGAAGGAGCUACCUAAACGUCCGGCCCAGGAUGAUGUGAUGCUGCCUAAUAACAAACGUCCCAAGGUCUGUCCCCCUGGCAAUGUUGGACGCAUGGAUGUCAAGGGUGCAGACCACUCCCAGAUGAUUAUUGGUCAAAUGACCCCAAACCCCCCAGCUGUCAUGACUCGGAUUAACCCUGAGAGCUCUCUCUUUUCUAGCAACAGCUUUAUGAGUACGGUUUUGAGACCAGCAGAUGGACAUUGCCCCUCUCAGGUACUACCCCAAGAACCAAGUCAGCCCGGUGUAGUGCAUCUUCAGCUUGGCCACUCCCAGCACGGUGCCCCCCAGUCACAGCAACACAUAGGAGGAAACCCUUACCUAAAGCAUCAGCAGCAAGAGCAGCAGAGACAUCACCUAUAUCAGCUACAGCAUCAUCUGACACAGCCUGACAACACACAGAGUCAACUUCACAACAUCCAUCAAAGAGCAAUGCAGCAGGAUCAGCAUGUCCACAAAAAGAGGGGAAUGGUCCGUGGUGGUCAAACAGGACCUCCUGUUGGUAUGCAGCAGAAACAGCAUCAUUUGGAGAAGAGCGGGUUACAGCAGCAUCCACCACCUCAGCAGCAGCAUCCACCAUCUCAGCAGCAGCACCAACAGCAACAGCAACAGCAGCACCAACAGCAGCAGCAGCAAUCCCAGCAACUCCAGCAGCCCCAGCACCAACAGCCACAUCAGCAGCAGCAGCAGAUUCAGCAGCAGAGUUCUCACUCUCGCCACCAACACCUUCAACAGCAGAUUCAGCAGCAGCACUUUGCGGGACGUCUGCAGGAGAAGACCUGCGAGGCCCAGCCAACAGGCCCAAGGACUCAUCAGAACAGUCAUUUGGGGCAGCAGGAGUGUCAGAGCGGGCAGGACCACAACACUGUCCAAAGACUAAUGGGUUCUCGGACUCUGGAACAGCAGUUGACCUCGCAGGCUAAUAGUGCUGUGUCUCGUUCAUCCGACCUCACCUGUGCUCCUUCACGUCAUGAGCGCCAGCGUCUCUCUAGCUACUCAGCAGAAGCUCUCAUUGGGAAGUCGUCGUCAAGUGGCGAGCAGCGCAUGGGGCUUCACCUGCAGGCACCACGUGGCAACAAUCAAGAUCAGCCAGACCUUCGCUAUUUGGAUAGAGCAAAAGGAAACCUCAACCACAACCCUGCAAGUAGGCUGCCUCCUGACCACCCUGGAUCAGCUGAUGUCCAGCGAAUUAUUGAGUGCCCACCUUUUAAGACUCUGAGCAGUAGCCACCAACUUGGCAAUUUUGAGGUGCAAGUUUCCCGUGGAGGUGAUGUCAACAAAACUGUACCACCAGUGCAAAGGGGCCCUCAGGUGCAAGGAACCUUCCGCAUGGGCCCAGGUUCUGGAGGGGAUGGCCGGUCACGUGUGCCUUAUUCAGGCAGUCAUGCGGGGUCACAAGGCAUGCAGAUUGGGGUGGGAUUGCCUCGCGAACAAGAGCCUUGCCAUCAGAGCUUCAUGCAAAGUCUCCUGGCUCCACAUCUACCUGACCAAACUGUACACCAGAGGUCAGCUCAGUGCUGCCCCCCUGUCAGCAUAGAAUACAGCUGUGUGCCUGGAACAUCUGCUGGGGAUUUGCAGGCCAAGGCCUCUAGUCCUAGCCUGUCCUCAUCUCAGAAGGCUCCUGCAAUGCGCCUUGGGGAAAGCAAUAAGGGACACAUACCCCAGGUUAGCGGGAAUUUGCACGGCCAAGGAGUUAGGACAGGACUCCCCCAUCCCCCAACGCCUCAAAGUAGUGCUGAACCAGGACGAAACCCUGCCUCUUCAAGGCCCUUGUCAGGUGUCAGUCAGCGCACCCGUCAUAUUGGUCAAGAGGCACAAAGUUCUAAGAUUCGACAAGGGGAACGGCCAAGGUCAGGAACUGUAAGACCUUCAGACCCGUUUGAGUCUGAGGGGUCCCUACCACUUCCCUCCACUGGAGGUGUGAUCCUUGGGCGUCCACAGACUGGAGGGGAGACUCGGAGGGGAAGUAUAGUGCGCUUCAUGCCCGACAGUUCACAAGUUGGCAGUGAAAACAAUCUGGUGUCUGAUCAACAUCUCUCUCAGAACUUUAGCUUCCCUUUCAUUGCAGACGGCAGCAUGAAUCCACCGCCACCCAUAAAUGCAAACUCUACCUUCAUCCCCCCUGUUACCCAAUCUGGUACCUCCCGCACCGCAGCCCUUCUUCCUGUGGAGCCUCAGAACACCUUGCCCUCAUUUUACCCCUCGUAUUCACCUGCAGCUCAUCCAAGCCUUCCAAGUGAAAUCCCAUUACAAUACUUCUCCAACCAAAUGUUUACAAGCCCAAGUACAGACAAAAGUAGCAAUGCCCCACUAAACAACCGUUUUAGUUCUAUCCUCUCCCCACCCAGACCGGUUGGCUUUGCUCAAGCCAGCUUUCCCCUGCUCCCGGAAAUGCCUCAUAUGCCCAUUGGCAACUCCUCCAGUAUCACCCCUCACCUCUCGAACUUCAAUUUGACCUCACUUUUCCCAGAAAUUGCCACAGCUAUGCCACCAGAUGGCUCUUCAAUGCCUAUGUCCCCCUUGCUGUCACUGGCCAAUACUUCAUCUGCAGACUCCAGCAAACAGACCAACCGCCCUGCCCACAACAUCAGUCAUAUUCUGGGGCAUGAUGGGAGUUCUGCUGUUUAAAAAGCUCUUGAGACUGACGGUUAUGAAUCUUAAACAGAGACUAUGGACAUUUCAGGUGUUCCCAUGCUGUCUUUCACAGAGAUUCUUUUUAUUUCAUUUUCAGAAAUCACCUGUAGCUAGAUGGUUUGAUACUGUGACAAGGGCCUCUACUUUUGUGACGACCAGAGUAAUAACCAUGAUAUUUAAUGUCAUGGUAAGCAUGGUAUUUAAUGUCACGGUAGUCAGGGUUAUACAAAGGCAGAAGAUCUUUGAAACAUACAUAUCUGUUGUUGGAUGAUUUCAGUCUUUCUGUGUCCAUGUUUAAAUCAUUUUUGUUUACAAAAAUUUAGUAUUUUUCUUUAUUAUCGUUACUUCCAAAAGAAAAUAACCUUUUUCAUGUAAAUUAGGAUAUCCAUGAGGCAGGAGUUUGAUUAUUUAUUUACGGUCGUAGAACGGAUUGUAGAUAUGUGUAAAUAUACAAAGUUUGAUUAUUAAAGGUUUUCUAAGUAAA